AUGGACUCUGGGGGCCACGGCCGCACGGCCCAUGACAUCUCUGAAGACGAUGGCGACCCCAUCACCCCUGGGCAGGAACGCCAGCCGGCCCGUGAGGAUGGCACCCUCACGGUGUUCUUUCCCGUGCCCCAAACGGUCCGGUGCUGCGAAGAGGGCUGCCGAGCUGCCUAUGCCGCGGCCAAAUGGACAGCGCGGCGGCAGUCCCUCCAGCGGCACCUGGAACUUGAACACGGCACCAGGAUCCGGCGCACCAUCAACGUGUGCACCAUCUGCGGCGAGACACUAGGGCUUCGACCAGCCUCUCACGCCUGCCUGGCUGCAGCCAACUUGACUGCCGCCCCCCCUGCUGCCCUGCCACACCAGUGUGGCAGUUGCCCAAUGUCCUUCCCCACAAGGAGGGGCUUGGGCAACCACGAGCAGUGGCACAGGAGGGAGGCGGCACUGGCGGCCAGGCGUGAUCUCGCCGCGGGUGCUGCCACUGGUGCGUCGGAGCAGGACAGCGACAGCACCCCCGCAGCAGAGCAGGACAGCACCGAGGGUCCCGCUGAGGACCCUCCUGGAACACCAGCAGUGGCAACCGGGCAGGCCGCCGACCAGGAGCCGUCUCCCGUGGCACCUCGGGGAACACCUGGACACAGCAGCGAUGGCGAGACGGCCGAGGCACCUUCUCCGCGGACGCCAAACCAGUCAGGGCGGACCGCGGCCUCGGCCUCCUCUUCUCCAACGCCAUCGCUGCCGUCCAACCGAGGCAGCCCGGGAGCACCAGUCUCCGAGGUUCACGAGCCGGCGGCCAUGCAGGAGCUCUCCCCAGGCAGGGCAGAGGUGCAGGACCACGACGGAAGCAACCAGGACUUCGGGACCCAGGACGAACACGCUGGUACCACACGGCCAGAGGGCAGUGCGUGGACCUUAGCGGACGAAACGGCAGAGCUGCGGGCAUUGAGCCGGUUGCCUGAGUCUGCUGGGGAGUGGGCACGGUUCGAAAACAUCCUUGACCGUGCCAUUGCAGCCGCAACCAAACACCUGCGGCUGCCAGUCGGGGACUCGCGCCAAUCACGGAGGCGCGAGGUGAACCCCGACAACCCCCAGCAGAUACAAACUCUAUACAGAAGGAACCGGCGCCGGGCAGUGCGGUUAAUCACUGAAGGCCCGUCCCAGCUCUGUCCGAUCGACCCCCACGCACUGCAGGACCACUAUUCGAACCUCUGGUCACCAACACCCGUGGAUACCAGCAUCCUGAGGUCAAGGCUUCCAGCCACCGAAGAACUGGACUUGUGCCCCUUUACACCGGAAGAAGUCGCAGCCAAGCUCCGUAAAUGCGAGAGUACAGCUCCAGGGGAGGACCGCCUCACGUACCACCACUGGAGGCAGGUGGACCCUGAGGGCAGGUUCCUGGCGGCGGUAUACAACGUAUGCCUCCAAUACCGCCGCACGCCCCUGAGCUGGAAGUCGACGAGGACUAUCCUGAUCUACAAGAAGGGCGACCGCGAGGACCCCACAAACUGGCGACCCAUUGCCCUUGGUCGCACGAUCGCCAAACUGUAUGCCGGGUGUCUCACCACCCGGCUGCAGAGGUGGUUGGGCGACCAUGCGGUACUGUCCAGGUGUCAGAAGGGCUUCCUGCCGCACGAUGGGGUGUUUGAACACAACUUCGUGCUGCAGGGACGCCUGGAUGAUGCUAGGACAGGAGGUGGGGAGCUGUGCGUGGGGUUCCUCGAUUUUGCCAACGCUUUCGGCUCGGUCGCCCAUCAGGCCCUCGUCGACGCUGUCCGCGGCGCCGGCGCGGGGGAGGCCUUUGCUACCAUCGUUGAAGACCUCUACCGCGCCAACACCACCUGCGUCGUGGCAGCAGCUGGCAUUACGGAGCCAAUCACCAUCGGAGCUGGGCUGAGACAGGGCUGUCCUCUGAGCGGCCUGCUUUUCAACCUGGUGGUGGACCCGGUCAUCCGUGCAGUACAGGGAGGCGAUAGGCAGCACAACAUCCUUGCCUACGCCGAUGAUCUGACGCUGCUGGCCGCGGAUCCCGCCACCCUGCAGAGCCGCUUGGACCGUGUAACAGCCCUGUCUGCCCGGCUCGGGCUGCGACUCAACGCCGCCAAGUGCCGGUCUCUACACCUGUCUGGUCGCCACCCCGUGGGUACACGGCCCACCUCUUUCACCGUGGGUGGCGACCCGAUUCCGGCACUUGGCGACUUCCAGGGGCACAAGUUCCUGGGCCGUCCAGUGGGGUUCAGGGUGCUACCGGACGAGACGACGGUCGACGAGGCCAUCCACCUGGGCAGAAAGCUACUCUCCUCUAUGCUCGCCCCAUGGCAGAGGCUGGAUGCUAUCAAAACAUUUUUGUAUCCAGCCCUCAACUUUGCCAUGCGGGUGGGCCUUGCCAGCAAGGGAGAGUGGCAACGCCUGGACGAGGAGCUCCGCCCGCUCAUCAAGAAGACCCUGUACGUGCCAGCCAGAGCUUCCAAUGAAUACUUGUACGGAAGCUCACAGGCUGGCAGUGCAGGGAUCCCACUUGCGGCGGAGCUCAGCGACAUCUGUCGGGUGGAUGGAGCCUUCAAACUACUGACGUCGACCGACGUGGAGGUCCGGGAGCGUGCAGCAGGAGAGCUCGAGGGCGUAGUGUCAAGGCGGCUGAGACGACCCGCGAACACCGAGGACAUGGAGGCCUACCUCUCAGGCGAGACGGAGGGCGACUUUCGGCAAACGUCCACACAGGUCCAGUCUGUGUGGACGGAGGCCCGCAAAGCCUCCCGUCGCCUCUCCGUCGCCUGGGAGCUGUUGGAGCAUGGAGCCCGCAUCAACUGCGGGGAGGCCUCUGUGUCAGCGAGGAACCGCCACAAGCUGGUCAAGACCAUCCGGGCGCUCCUCUCCACCGAAAGGGACCAAUCUCUGCAAGACAAACCGAACCAAGGCAAGGCGAUGGUGUGUGUGGCGGCCGACCCGGCAAACACCCACUUCAUGAGGUCCGGCCGCUACACCCAUUUCAUCGACUGGCGCUUCAUUCAUCGAGCCCGGCUAAAUCUCCUCCCCCUCAACGCCACAAGACUCUGGGCACCCGCGGCGGACAAAAGAUGCAGACGCUGCGGGUAUGGGGAGGAGACACUGCCGCAUGUACUUUGCCACUGCAUGCGGCAGAGCCGGGCCAUGACGGAGCGUCAUAACACCAUCGUCGCCAGAAUAAAAAAGGCUGCUUUGGGUCGGUUUACAGUCAUUGCGGAGAACCAGGUCGUAGGCAACACAUCACUCAAGCCCGACCUGGUACUGGCCCGUGGAGAGGAGGCACUCAUCCUGGACGUCUGCUGCCCUUUCGAGAACAGGCUGCAGGCGUUCCAGGACGCCCGGAAGGCUAAGGAGGAGAAGUACGCCCCUGUACAGCGUCAUCUCCUCCGGCGGUUCCAGCGCGUGACGGUGGACGCGGUGGUCGUCGGCUGCCUUGGCAGCUGGGAUGUGGGGAACGACCGGGUGAUGCGCAGGCUGUGCAGUAGGUCAUACCUACGGACUCUCAAACGCCUGUGCAUCAGCGACACAAUAAGCGCCUCUACAAAGAUUUUUAGAGCCCAUGUCGGCACCUCUUAG